CUGGCAGGUUGUGGGUGGGGCCAUUGCAGGUGACGAUGAGGAAGUGGGAGGUGGCUAGACUGGGCUCACCUGCACGCACCUGUGUGGGACGCUUGCUCGUUGUGCGUGCUGAGCGGUGGCAGUGUGAGAGGGGGCCGGGGGCGACUCAGGGAGUGGCGGAGCGAGCGUCGCUCACUCGCAGCAGCAGCCGCAGCCGCCGCCGCCGCAGCCGCAGCAGCGUCCAUUAAACGUGAAGCAGCAGGCCUCCGCCGUUCGCUUCGCUUUCGAGGAGGCCUCGUCCACGUCAACCGCGACGCGCAGCCGAAGACGACGAGGAGGUACAGCAGCUCCAGCUGCCUCUCGUGGUGUCUGACGGGGGGGGGAGGGAGGCGUUCCUUGCUCGGCUGCGGCGGGGAUCGCGACCGCAUUCGGCCGCAGUCUUCACGCCUCGACACAGCAGCGACAAACCACCACAGAAUCGUCUCAUCGGCAUCUCAUUAUCCUCCCCUUAAUAUACACGUGCAGCCUUUAAUGACGGUGCAUCCUCGAUGUUUCCGUAUCGAGUCAACAUAGCCUCUUAAUAUUCUCAGGUUUCACAUCUCGGCAAUUUAUUUCAUCAACAUCAUCCCACACAACAUCCCCAACAUUCCCUGUUAUCUCCCCAAGCUCCGUUUCGCUAACAUCCCAACCUCGACUCAACAUCGAUUACAUCUUCAACAUUAUCUUAACAUACUACCCUCAGCGUCCCAAUCUAUACCCGUAAAGUUUUCCUCAUCUCAUCUCCAUAACCUCACGGAUCUUUACAUCCCCUACUUAAUAAACUAACGUCUCAGUCACAGCAUCUCAACAUACCGAAACUUCAUCAGCACACUCUUCAUAUCUCCUGAACGUCGUCCACUUUGUUGUUGCUGCUGCUGCUGAUCCUCCUGCCACCACCUCCAUUCACCAAAGCACAGCGAGCAAGGGGACCUGCUCGAUGGAGGGGCAUGAGAGCGUGAACUCGAGUUCAGGGAAUGUUCAAAUUCCCAGUCUCCUGUUGGGCACAACUCCACUGGCAGUCGCCCGUGGGAGCGUGGCACCCAGCGCAGGUGGGCCCUCUGGGCUGCCACCGUUGCCCAAGAGUCUGAGCGGGCUUUUGAGCUCGGCUGGCGGUGGCUUCGGGAGCCACGGGAGUGGCCCGACAUCGUGGCGAGAGCUGGAGAGGACGUACGCCAAGAGGUCCAUGAUCCAGGACGACCUACAGCGGGGCCGCAGUGGGGCUGCGGAGGGACGAAUGUUGCUGGCCAGCUGCAAGCCCGGCAAUCUGGACCUGGCGAUGGCUCUGCUGCGCAAGGAGAUGAUGGGACUUCGGCAGCUGGACAUGUCCCUUCUGUGCCAGUUGUCGGCCCUCAAUGAGGGCAUGCAAGAGUACAAGACGCUCGUGCAAGACCUCUCCAUGGCCUCUUCCGUUACUCCCUCCGAGACGUCCUUUGAGGACGACUACGACGGCGAGUUUUCCCCGAGGAGCGGCUCGUACGCCGUGGGCUCCUCGCGUUUAAACGAACCUUUCCAGAUGACUAUUUGACACUGCACUAGGCUGUUGUUGUUGUUGACAAUCCCAGCAUUCCCUCUCAUCGACCAAUUGCGACUGCCACCAUGAAACUGUCACCAUAAAAUUAAAAGGCCAAAACAUCUCCCAGGUCUACUCUGUGGCCAUCCAUUUGUAAUAUACUAGUUACUAUUGGAUACAAUUAAAUAAAAAUACUGCGGAGUAGGUGAAACAUCAUGUUUCCUUCGUUAGAUUGGUUUUGGUGGGCUUCAUAGAAUGUCAUAGUUGUUGUGCCCUAUGAAUAUUUUUGUUUAAAUAUAAAAGUGCAAUUGAUUUUUGGUGACGCCAUUCAACAGCAGUAAAAUAAAGCCAUUGGUCUAAAGGUUAAUAGCCUUGUGAAGUACAGUAGUAGUUAUGUCUAGCACAGCAGUAUACUAUAUGUAUCAAUGCCUUUGCAUUAGUCCUUAGGUAAUUGUUCAGCAAAUUUAUCAAAAACAUAAAAAACUAUGGGUAUCACUGUGAUAGUGUAAAAUCUGCUAUAAUCAAGUGCACAAAAUCUCAUUGUUUCUGGCCUGUAACAUGGUCAUCGUCAGCUCUGGUUUAAACGUAUCUCAGGGGUACGCUUCACAUUGUGGGCUCGUAAAAGGAGCACAUUUUGUCUUAAUAUUCCCAGAGUAUAUCUGACUGAUAUGGGUGUUCCUGUCCAGUAUUGCUACUUGAGUUUUUGAAGCUCACAUGCUUCUCUGCCAUAUCAAGGCAGUGCUCCACUGAAGGCCAGUAACGUGACACAAGGUCAGUAGAAUGUUUGGAAGACAGCGAUUGUUGUUUAGUGGAGUUGCGGGUAUCUCAUAAAGCCAGAGCUGCCACGGGUGAACAUCAGAAACGACAUUGUUGCAGCACAGGCACAAUGCAGAUAGUACGGGUAGAAAGGGUUAAUCGAUUGUUAUUUUAAAACUCAUGAUGCUUAUUGAUGUGGGAUUCUAUCUUGGGAAUGACCUCCCGGUAACACGUGAAUAUGAGCUAUGCUUUGGCUUGUAAAGUUGAUUUUAAAAAAAGCAAGUGGCCUUCACGUUAAACAGAAUAGACUAGCAGACAAUAACUGCCUCUGCACAUAAUAUAUAAAAGGUAAUUUUACGCAACCCAUCAGCGCCCCGGCCCUCCAAGAGUACACAUGAGGUGGCAGCAUUAAUUCAGAUAAAAGCACAUUUUGGACCGGUUUUGACAUUCAUAGCCACCUCAGCCGUCAGGCUCACUUGAAUCAAUACGGUGAACAACGAGAUGUAAAUCUUUAAUAUAUAUGGGUUUCACUUUAAACAUAUCAUGUAACUAUGACUGCAUAUUAAAAUGACAUAUGCCUCCCUCCAAUUUGCCUAACAUUCACUGCUUUGUCCCUUGUCUUGAAAAAUGCCUUUUGAAAACCAAAUCUGGUUCAGCAUUCUGAAUGUAGGCGGCUUUAUCUGGGUGCUUUUGAUGUAUACCUUAUUGCAGAAAUGUUUCCAUUCGUUUUAUUCCUUUAUGUUUUUCUUGGAUUGGUGUACGGGUAUAAUUUACAAAAAUGCCAUUUGUUUAAUCCUGGUGCAUGUCGGAACACUGCAGGGUCACACUGUGAUUCUGUUGGUUUGUGGCUUUAAAAAAAUCAGGUCAAACUUUACUUGCACUGGCUUGCUGUUCGUGUGGUCCCAUGUCCACGGACAAUAGAUGUCUGAGAGCGUUCACAGCAUUUAAACAUUUAUUGGUAUUUUAAAGCAUUCGUACAUGAGGCACAUACCAAAACGUGGAUAUUUGUCGUAAAAAUCUGUAAUGUUGCCUAUCCAGUUGAGAUUGUGAAAUGGAUUUGUAUUGGCUGUUAGUUUGUUUUGCUGCAUUCCUGAUCAUUUUCAAAUAUUAUUUUUGCAUCUUGACCAAAUGUUUAUUUAUUUUUCAAAUGCAAUGUUUAUACGUGAUGGAAUGUGUUAUGUUGGUUCAUUGGAACUCAUGAACUGAAUACAUUUUCAUAUAUACA